CGCACCGCGGGCACACCGGUUUUGGCAAGCUCCGAAAUCCUAUAGGCGAAAUCCUUUACGAACAUUCAAGGACCCGCAUGCGAACCUUUACGGAGUCAGAGAGACCUGGUUUGCCGCGGUGUCGAAGACAAAAAUACCGGAGGCGUCUGUGCACGGUAUUUAAGUAAAGUCUCUCCGAGCAGAACUCAUCACUUCACUCUUCUACAGUCUCCAGCUCUUCGACUACAUUGACACUCGUAGAUUUAACUGCAAUAUGCCCUCCAGCCCAGAAUCCUUUGUCCUUCCCGACCUGAUGCCCCUCUUGCCCUUCAAGGGCUCUUACAACUCUCACUUCGAGCGGGCAGCCAAGGCGUCCUCCGCCUGGGUCAACAGCUACAGAAUCGUAUCCGACCGCAAGCGCGCCUUCUUCCAGCAAGGAGGCAGCGAGCUGCUCUGCGCUUACGCCUACUCCUACGCCGGCUACGAAGAGCUGCGGGCGACUAUGGACUUGGUCAACGUUCUAUUCACCGUUGACGAAGUGAGCGACGAACAGAACGGGAAGGAUGCAUACAAGACUGGACGCAUCUUCCUGAAUGCCCUUCGUGACCCUGAUUGGCACGACGGCUCGGCGCUCGCGCAAAUGACGAAGGAGUUUCGCAAGCGGCUCUUACAAUUUAACGUACCCGCGUGCUACCGCCGCCUUCUCAAGCACUGCGAAGACUACGUGAAUGCGUUCGCUGUCGAAGCGGAGCUGCGGGAGCGGAACGAGGUCCUUGACCCCGAGGCAUACAUCGUCUUGCGCAGAGAAAACAGCGCCGUUCGCUUCUGCUUCGGGAUGUUCGGUUUCGUCUUGGGGCUUGACCUCCCAGACGAGAUAUUCGAGCAUCCUGUCAUGAUGCGGCUCCACCUCGCCGCCGUCGACAUGGUGUGUUGGUCGAAUGACCUCUACUCCUAUAACAUGGAGCAAGCGAUGGGACAUACGGGAAACAACGUCAUGACGGUGCUGAUGAAGUCAAAGAACUGCGACCUCCAGACUGCCGCCGAUCAUGUCGGAGAGCAUUUCAAGCAGCUCAUGGACGACUUCCAAGCCGACAAGGCUCGUCUACCGUCAUGGGGCCCUCAAAUCGACGCUGUCGUUGCGAAGUUCGUGAUGGCCAUGGAGACCUGGGUGGUCGGUAACUGCGAGUGGAGCUUCGAGACGCAGCGCUACUUCGGUGUUCAACGGGAAGAAAUCAAGCGUACUCGCGUUGUCGAACUGUACCCCAAGCGCGAUGAGUACGAUUAAGGCUUUACAUCCCAUCCUCGAUAUGCUAUGUACAACUCAUUGAUCUAGACACGCGCCAACUCGUACACUCAUCCAAUCCUUGUUUAUGCUUGUAAUAUUUGUUUAUCUAGACGUAGAAGCUAGUUGUAAUGCCGAGGGCUACCCUAGUGAUCAUUCGAAUACCGAACUCCAAUCUCAUUCAGUGUAUCGUUUCAAGG